UCUCAUGUUUCCUCGCUCCUCGCUCCUCAGAGAUCCCUCCUCGCUCCUCCGAGCAAAAUAAGAGAUUUGGGACGCUCGUCAAAAUGGCGCAUCGAGCGAGGAGCCAUAAAAUAAGAGAUUUGAGACGUACCCGAGGAAAGGAAUCGAGGAUGUACCAACUGAGAAAUGAGAAGAGGGACAGAUGUACCCUAUCUUGUGUUGUGUGGACUCGUCGGUAAUACGGAUGCUGCACGAAACAGGUGAUAAACCUCGUAACUUGAUUUUCUCGUGUGGACAAACACAAUGAUCUGUUGGUGCAGUGCUUUGCUGCUGCUCAUCUUCAUACCCAGAGCAUGUCAAGGAGGCAACAUCUUGGUUUUUCCUAUUGAGGGCAGCCACUGGAUAAACAUGGAUAUUCUAAUCCAAGCUUUGCACUCAAGAGGGCACAAUAUAACUAUUGUGCGUUCCAGCAAAAGCUGGUACAUAAAGGACAACUCCUCUUAUUACAAUACCUUAACAGUUCAAGUGGAAAGAAGCUUAGAUCAAAAGUUAAUUACAAAAAUUGUAUCUGAAGUCAUUCUAUUUGAGAGGGGGGCACUUCCUUUGACAAGUUUUCUCCACAUGACUGUAGGAAUGUUUAGCACAUUUGUUGACGCUCAUGCAGCCGUGGGUGAAUUUGUAUCAACAAUGUUAGGUGAUCAAGGGUUGAUGAGAAACAUGAAAGACAGCAAGUUCGAUCUUGUAAUCACUGACCCCUGCUGGGGUGGUGGAGUCAUUUUGGCCAAAUAUUUGAACCUGCCUUUAAUUUAUAAUGUUCGCUGGCUAAUAGCUGGAGAAGGUCAUCUUGCUAUUGCUCCUUCACCUAUAUCAUAUAUUCCUAUAACAGGAUCUGGUUACACUGAUAAGAUGACAUUUUUUCAGAGAGUUAAAAACAUGGUUUUGCAUCUAAUAACCCAUACGCAACAUACUAUGGUGGUUAAGCAGAUAUACCAGAAAAUUUGUGACAAAUAUCUUGGGCCAGAUAAUGACUAUCAUCAGUUAAAUGUUGAGGCAGAUCUGUGGCUCAUGAGAGUGGACUUUGUGUUUGAGUUUCCUCGUCCCACCAUGCCUAAUGUUAUCUAUAUAGGGGGGUUCCAGUGUAAACCUGCAAAACCUCUGCCUCAACACUUGGAGGAGUUUGUCCAGAGUUCAGGGGAACAUGGAGUCAUCAUUAUGUCUCUGGGGACUUUUGUGACUGAUCUUCCUGCGGAUAUAACAAACGAGAUAGCUGCAGCUUUUGCCACAUUACCACAGAAAGUCAUCUGGAGGCAUAAAGGUGACAGACCAGCCACUCUGGGCAACAAUACUCUACUAGUUGACUGGAUGCCACAGAAUGACCUGUUAGGACAUCCAAAGAUGAAACUAUUUGUGGCUCAUGGAGGAACAAAUGGAGUCCAAGAAGCUAUUUAUCAUGGAGUGCCAGUUGUGGGUUUACCACUGUUUUUUGACCAAUAUGACAAUCUGCUCCGUCUGAAAGAGAGAGGAGCAGCUAAGAUUUUAACCGUUAAUACAGUGGACAAAGACAACAACUUCCUGAAGGCCAUACAAGAAGUCUUGAAUGACCCCUCUUACAGGAUGAACAUGCAGAGACUCUCCAGGCUGCACAGAGAUCAGCCAAUGAAGCCGCUGGAUAGAGCCCUCUUCUGGAUAGAGUUUGUCAUGAGACAUAAAGGAGCAGCUCACCUGAGAACAGAGUCCUACAAACUGCCCUGGUAUUCCUACCACUCUGUAGAUGUCAUAUUAUUUCUCGAAACAAUUGCUCUUCUUGUUUUGUUCAUUUUUGCUGGGUUAGUGUGCUCAUGCUUCAGACUGUGUUUGAAAAGAAAAGUGAAAUCUGACUAACCAGUAGAGAUGCUUCAUGGUUAAUUUUCAUAUUGGUGAAUAUAUUGCUAUAUUACAGUCAAUGUGGCUGUGAUCAGUAAAAAAAUUGAAAGAAAGGAGUAGAUGUUUUAAAGAUAUACAUUUUUUUGACUGUAAAUGUAACAUAAAGUGAAACGCGAAUAAUCAUUCAAGGAAUAUAUAUUUUGUUCAAUAUCAGGUUGCGUUUUGCUAAUUUUGAGAUUAAAAGAAUAUUUGUUCGGCUGUCCAUUUAUAGUAAUAUUAGAUAACUAGUAAGUAAUUAUUUUUGUAGAGGCAAUAUUUUCCAGUGUAUUCUUUUAAUUUGUUUGAUAUUCACGUUUCUGUAAAAUAUGUGGAUGAACUAAAUGGAUGUUGUGACCUGUCUCAAUCUGUUUCAGGUAGGACACUGUACAAACAAAACACAAGAAAUGUAUCUAAAUUGAGUGAUAUUUUAUUAGUUCCGGCAGGGAAAUUGAUGCUCUCUAUAUGACCCCUGUUCAAGGGAAAUGGCAAGAGUCUCCUAAUACCCAUUGUCUUUAAGACUGGAUGAGGUUAUGGCAACACAGAAAGGCCCCAGUUGGCCCAAAUAGGCCCACCGUCUUUAAGUUCUCCUUACUUACAGCAGCAAACUGUAUUUAAAUAUACCUUUGACUGUGCCUCUAUGAAAAGUAAAUGAAAGAAAUUUGAUACACCUUGAUGGUUCAGUUGCAAUUCAUCCCGGUGAAACUAAAUAUGUUAGUUCAUUUUUAUUCUGUGUGUAGGAGACAUUUCAGUUAUAUGUACGGUGUGCAAAAGUUUUAGGUACUUUAGAUGUUUAGAUUCUUAUCCAUCACACAAUACCAUCAGAAAUGUGUCUGAUUGGUCCCAAAUUUAUUCUGGAUCAUGGCAAUGACCCCAAACAUACAACCAGUCAUCUAUUUGACACUUGUUCAUAAAAAAAUAUUUUCAAUGACAAAUAGAAGGAGUCCUACAAGAGAUGGUAUGACCUGCACAGAGCCCUGAUCUCAACAUCAUCGAGUCAGUCUGGGAUUACAUGAAGAGACAGAAGCAACUGAGAUGC